AUGGCGAAAGGUAAUGAGGAGUGUGUUGAUCUUCGUCAGUCGUGGAGACAUUUCAUGGUGACACCUGUAGAGCAAACACAUGCGCCAGUUGGUGUUGAGCAAGCGCAGAUAAAACGCGGUGAAUUUACACUCCUUCAGCGUUACCACCUGGUGGGGACAAACGCAGACGAGCAGUCGCUGUUCUUCCUAUCGCUAAUCAGCCCAAACGCGGAAUUGUUGCGGGCGACGUGCCAUCUGUUCAUUCAAUUGAAUUUUCAGUAUAGGCAACUCCUGCUUGAUAACGAGGAGAAGCUGACGUUGCUUCGCUUCCAUCAUGAGGAGCAGUUGACAAGUUUGCUUGAGGCCUCGAAUGCAGAGACACGAGAUAUGGUUGUGGGGUCAGAUGUUACGGAACAUUUCGUCCUGAAGCAUCAACGUGAGUUAGAGGAACACCAGGAAGAAAACCGCUUUUCCGAAAACACCCUCCUCUUAGAGCUCCGCCAAAAUUUCUUUACUUUCCUGAAGGCAUCUGCACAGGGUACGAUGGAUUCACUUGAAGGGGAGCCUGGGUGGUUGAAGCUGCGACAAAACGAUGAGCAGCACAAACGAGGGAUGAAUAUUGGAUAUUUUUGCGACGGUCGUGUUCCAGUACGUGUGGUGGAGCUGCCAAACCUUCUUGGGAGGAACUUAACUGGUUUUAGGCCAAAGGAUCCACUACUUCGGCCGAUUGUAGUCGAUAUCUCACCGCUGACGUCCUUGCGCGAAUGCCUUCAUUGUCUUUACUCGGAGGAGCGAGAUUCUGUUUUAGCUGUGGAGGAGCACCUGCUUCGCUUGUCGCGACAAGUCCAUGCGGUGUUGUUAUUCAUUGGUCUCGAGGACGAGGCAAUGCGCAUACUUUCCAGCAAUUAUGCGGAACUCUUCCUCGACCAAGAAAGCAUCUCCCCGUCAAGGCCAGCGCCAUGUUUCGUGCCUCUGCGCCAUCACCGCUGCUUGAGGGUUAUGCUUUCCACUCAACUGUGGGGAGCUAAUAUUAUCCUCCUGUGGACACCACAAGCUGCCAAUGGACGCCAUAACUGCGAACCGCUCAUUGUAGAAGAUGCCCUAAAUUUAGCUCUUUCUUGGAAUGCCGACAUGUUUACUGUUGCCGUGCUAGGCUCUGCAGCGCGUUCCCAUGCAACUUCCUCUCUGCACACCGAGGAUCCGACACGUGAAAUACCAAUGGAGGUUCUGCGCCAGCUGCAGUGCGGUGUAGGUCGGUUGGUAUUUGAGGCUGCAACCAUGAAAGCCUCUGCUGUAUGGGGUGGCUCCGAAGAAACGGAGCAGCGGCAGCAAAAGAACAAUUGGGAUGCCGGUCAGACAGUCCCUCAACUUGUGUCGGCCAGGGAGCCGCAAUUGGAGUUCAACUUGCCCAUGUCUAUACGUGUGUUCCUUCCUACCACUAUGGCCUCGCUAGAUGAAAGUGGUGAUCGCAGUGAGUCGUUGGAGCUCUCCCUUCAAGGAGGUGGUGGCGCUGCUGGACGGGUGGAGCGUCACGGGUUUAGGCAAGAUGAAGAUGUAGGUGAUGUGAGUGUUAUUGAUUCAUCGUCGCUCACAGAUGUGCACAGUAUAAGGCAUACCACCAACAGUAGUUUCUCCAGCAACAUCGGCAGCCGGAGAGAAACAGAUCGCCGUGGUCGACGGCAAAUGACUUUUGGAAGAUUGCUUGCAUACAACUUUGGUGAGUCGGCCGUACUCCGAUAA